GGUAAGAGAGAAAAGAUCAUGCUAAUAUAGACAACGGUUGUUGACAAACUUUUAAGUCAUUGUUUGUUAUAUGCCUGUCCAUUUCUUCAUUGUUGUAGUAUGAGAGAGGGAGAGAUUGAGAGAGAGAGAGAGAGGGAGAUUUGAGAGAGAGAGAGGGAGAGAAUCAUGAGAGAGAGAGUAUUAUAUGUGUCUGCAGCUGAUCAGAUAGUGACCCACUAGAUCAUUGUAAUUUAUUUCUUAAAUUGUACUCCUACUUUUCUCUGUGUUCAAUUGUGAUAGUGAAAGUCAUCCACUUUGGUUGUAUAAUACUAGUAUAUCACAACUCUUCUAUAUGGAAUUUAUGGGCUUUUUGUAUAAUUCUAUAUAAUCCUCUCUCUUCUAGAGCUUGACCCAAUUGCAGACUCUGACUCUUCAUGGCUUUCUGCUACUGAUUCUUGAAUUUCUUGUGGAGCUUUCAAAAGGGUUUGUGCCUUUGUGGGCUCAACUUGGAUUCUUGUCCAGUGGUGCUCAGUCUCGUUGCCGCAAUGGCAACUAAAUUACAUUCCAAGGCAUACUUUCCUGGAUAUUAUUCAAGGGAUCUUAGUAAUGCGGGCAAUGGGAUGUGGGCACUUUAUGAUGAAGGCAAAAGCUUUCAGAAUGAGCAAGUAAAUGACUCAUUCUUGGCAAGUUCAACUGUGGAUAGAUACAUAGGAUACAACAAAGAGAAAGUGAGGCAAACUAUAUUGAAGCAUGAGUUGGUGUUCAGAGAACAGCUUCAAGAACUCCACCGCUUAUAUAGAAGGCAGAGGGACUUGAUGAAUGAAUUUGGAAGGAGAGAAUCACACAAAUCUUUGUUGCUUGCUGAAACACCAAAACAUAGUUUUCCUACACUGCAAAAUUCUUAUAAAGAUGACAGUUAUAUAUCCCGCAUUUCUGAUUCUUACAUGGUAAAAGGUAAGGUACCAUCCAAUGACAGGACACACAUGAAGGACUAUGAAUUUCUCAAGCCCGAAUACAAGUUUCAGAAGAAAAUGUUUGAACUUGAAGUGAAUGAUGAACUAUCCACAAAAGAUGGAGAAAAACGGGAAGAAAGAAAUUUAAAUAAUCCGUCUUUGUCCAGCUUAGAUAUGAAUUUGUGUCCUGGAAGUGUUUCAAACAGCCAGAGCAAUAGGGAUGCUAAUAGAUAUGUUGUGAAUUCAAAGAGAAACAAUAACUUGGUCGACUUAAACGAACCGAUAUGGGUUGAUGAAUCAUCCACUAGAGACCCUCCGAGGAAUGUGGAAAUAUCCGUCAAUCUGGAGGACGUAAGAGAGCGGGAUAUAUUUGGGAAUUCAAGCUUAAAGUCCCAGUCUGUAUCUAAAGAAUCAUACCAAAGCUGCCAUGGAGAAAAGGAUGAGAAAAGUGUUUUCAACACUAUACAGUCAGAAAGCCUCAAGAGUGGGAAUUGGCACUUAUCUCGCAACUCUAAAUCUGGUACAGAUAUUUUAGGAGGGCAAACAAGGUUAGAUGAACAUACUUCCCUCAGUAAGAUUGCCGAUGAGCGUUCAUCUAAAUUCUUUGAAUAUUCACAAGCUGAUCCUAGGAAAGGCCAUGAUGCUCGGAAAUUAUUUGUCUUGGAUGAAAGUAAUGAAGCACCCCAGAAAAUGAAAACAAUUUUUGGUGUUCAAGUUUCUGAAGGAAACCUAAAUAGAUCUACUAAUACUUGGUACUUACCUAGUUCUCGACCCCUUAUUCAAGGAUUUGAUGCUAUAGAUUCUGAGUCUUCUUGUGCAUCUCCCAGAGGAAAAAUAUGCAGUUCACUGGCUCAGAAUAUCGUGUCAUCUCAGGAUAAUUCCGGGCAUCGCACUUUAUCUCCUUUUAAUGGGAGGCCUCCUAGUUCUGCCAUGCACAUGGCAGAGCUUUCAGGAGAAAAAGGCACUAACAGUUUGAGACUACUUCCGGGAUCAAAUUUUGGAGCAUCCCAUCAGAGUGCACUCUCUUUUGGUUCUAAUUCAAGUAAACAGCAUGGAUAUCUGGAUUUGAAUACCUAUGUUGCAGCUGCAAACAAUUUUCAAAACAAGGUGGUUGCCAAACAAGAUUCUGUGUUCGCAGAUACAAUAACUCAUAGUACCGAGUCUAUUGAUAAACAGAUUAAACCAGAAGUUACUUAUCAGAUGAGUUUGGACUCAUUGCAGACUCACUCUCACCAUUUCUUCAAUAAAGCUGAAACUGUAAAGGGCCCCUUUAAGGACUUCACAUCAGCAACAUGUGGUUCUGACUUUGAAAGAAAAAGAGCUGCCGAUAGUAAUUCAAGAUAUAACGGUAAAAAGUUGGGUGAUGAUACUUUUCACGUGCCUCACUUUCCGAAGGUUCUGGUUUCUCCAAUAUGCCGCUCCAAACCAAUUCAUGAUGUGUCCAACCUUGACUGUGAUGGAGCCUCUAAAGUUUGUACCCAAAAUUUAAAAUCUGUUGGCCAACACAAGGAGACAUAUUCAAUUGCAGAUUAUAGACUAAACAAUCAUUUUUCUGGUCGAAGACCUCAAAUAGAUUUAAAUUUGACUCUGAAUGAAGAAGAGACCCCAUCUAUACCCUCUGUUUCUGCCACUGUUGUGAAGAUUGCGGCGACAGAGAUUGAUUUGGAGGCUCCUGCAGUUAUUGAGUCUGAUACUGAUGUUUCCUUUGAAGCAGAUCUUAUAGAGAAGAAAACUGGGAAGUGCUCGAGAGUCUCGUCAGAUGACUUUAUGUAUGAUGAAAUUUCCAAGAUUGCAGCAGAGGCAAUAAUCAGCAUCUCAUCAUCCCAGUUGGAUCUUGCUGAUCUUACUACAGAAGCUUUGCCUCCUCAACGCCUCCUGUGGUUGUCUGAAGUUAUUUCUUCUUACGAAGGAAGUGAUCAUGAUAGUGAAAUUACCAAAGUUGUCUUAACUAAUGUGGAUGAUACGUUUGAUGAGGAAACUGUUCCCCAAGGCAUGGAUUACUUUGAGUUUAUGACACUAAAUUUGCAAGAAAGCAAGGUAGAGGAUUACUGUGAUCAGCCAUAUGUUCUGAACAAUCGUGAUGACGGAGAUACUAGAGUCACUUCAGGAGCGAAACGGGGCCGAAGAAGACAAGCAAAAAGGGGAAGGCAGCUCAGGGACUUUCAAAGGGACAUAUUGCCUGGUCUUGUUUCUCUGUCAAGGCGUGAGGUGACCGAGGAUCUGCAGACCAUUGAAGAGAUUUUUAAAGCUUCAGGUCAGAGUUGGCAGUCACGUUUCUCACGGAGGAGGACUGCUAGAAAUGGAAGGGGGAGGAAGCGUUUGGGGGAUUUGACUCCUUCACCAACAGAGACAUUAAGUUGCCUGCCUCCACCAGAACAGCAGCCUAUUUGUAGGGAAUUGGAAGUUGAGGAUAGAAACCUAACAGGGUGGGGAAAGAGGACGCGGCGUCUGCCAAGGCAGAGGUGCUCUGGUAAUCAUACUACUAUGUUAAAUUGUUGACAUACACUCUCAGGAUUUUCAAUUGAGAAAUUACAGUCAAGUUUGGAGCAAGGAUUAAACUGUGCAGGUGCCAUCAUAUCAGCACUGAUGACAUAAAUUCUCAUGUUUGGGCAAGAGUAGUAAAAGCAUGUGAGACCCUUGGAAAGUCCUCGUCUUGCGCCUUUUUUCAGUUCACGGAUCAAACCGUACGUUCUUGUUUAGUUUUAGCAAGUUCUGCAGUCAUUGCUGUACAUGUGCACUGUUAUGUUCUUUAGGAAUUUAUUCAGGGAGUGGUCAAUAAUAAAGAGGCCUUUUCAGGAAUAUAAACUUGACAAGUAUUCAGCAUCUGAGUGUAAUAUACAUGGAUUUACAUGA